CCCCCCCCCCCUCUUCUCUCUCUUUAACUCCUUCCCUCUACACUCUGUUCUUCAUCUUCAUCCUUCUGCUCUUCAAACCCUAAUCUCUCUCCACAAUUUCACCCUAAGUUUCAUUUAUUUUGAGCCUCAACACAUCUCUAAUUACCUACAUUUGAAAUUUUGAAGCUAUUUCAGGUUUUGCAAAACAAUGUCUGUGGCUACUCAGCUUCGGUCUCCGAUUCAACCAAGUUCCGAAACACGAGCAAUACUCGGACCGGCCGGGAACAGAGAUAGGGUUUCGGAAGAACAGAAACGGAAAAAGGAGGGUUUCAAGAAGCCCAAAAAAUUGGUUUCUGAGACUCCUCAAGCCGUGGUUCAGAAAAGUGUGUCGGUGGACAGUUUGUGUACUUCUUCAGACUCUUCUUGUAGUGGGUCUUCUGCGAAAAAUGUAAGAUCUAAGAGGAGAGUUAAAAACACGGAUCUGAAACCUGCUAAAAUUGUUCCUGAUGGAGUUGAAUCGGUGAAGAUAUCUCCAAUUGUACCUAUUGAGAUCAAGCGGUGUGAUUGGAUCACGGCAAAUUCUGACCCAUUGUAUACUACUUUCCACGAUGAAGAAUGGGGAGUUCCAGUUCAUGAUGAUAGGAAGCUAUUUGAGCUACUUGUUUUAUCACAAGCAUUGGCAGAACAUACCUGGCCAGCCAUUCUUACUAAGAGAGACACAUUCAGGAAGCUCUUUGACAAUUUCGAACCAUCAUCCAUUGCAAAGUUCACUGAAAAGAAGUUGCUGAUACUAGGAGGAAAUCACAACACAUUGCUAUCAGAACAAAAGUUUCGUGCAAUCGUGGAGAAUGCUAAUCAACUGCUUAAGGUCCAGCAGGAGUAUGGUUCCUUCAACAACUAUUGCUGGCACUUCUUAGAUCAUAAGCCAGUAAGGAAUGGCUUCCGCUAUGCACGUCACGUUCCAUCUAAAACACCAAAAUCAGAACUCAUCAGCAAGGAUUUGAUGCGGAGAGGCUUCUGCUGUGUUGGGCCUACUGUUGUGUAUUCAUUCAUGCAGGUGGCUGGGAUGGUUAAUGAUCAUAUCUUGAAUUGCUUCAGAUACAAUGACUGCAACAGUAAUGUCAAAAACGAUCUGAAACCCAAGUUUGGUGAGAUAGAAGUACCAGCUGAAGCUGUGGAAAGCAGACACCUAUCCCAUGACUGAAUUGCCUGAGCUUUUACUUAACCGCAACUAGGAAUGCAAAGAUAAAGCAAGACAGACGAUCAGCAGAGUUUCUGUAGAGUUUGUACUAUUUAGUCUAACCAACAUAACAAUUUUAGCACAAUGAAGAGCCCCUCCAUACAUCCAACUAUCGUGAGCAUGAUUUUAUGGUAAUAUGUAGUCUUGUGUGUUGGAACUACCUCCCAUGGUGUCCAUGAUCUUCUUUGGUUUUCUUUUUUUGUUUUGGGAAUUCAUGUCAAUGAUCUUUCGUCUAGAUCUUCAAUUAGGAGUUGUAUGAUGCCUAUAUAUUUUGAGCAUUUUGUAACCGAAUAAGACCUUUUGCACCCAAAUAUAGUGUGUUAAUUUGAAAUUUAAGUUUCGAAGGGCAUCUAAUUGCGACGAGUGCUCUUUAUCGCGAAAAAACCUAAUUUUAGUUUCGGAUAUGAAUCCUAUUUCAUUCAUGUUGC